AUGCUCUACGGCAGUAUUUGGUGUAAUGGUCUGGUGAUCGACACAGAAGCAACUUCCACUUCCGAGAGUGACAAUGAACCAUUAUCUAAAUAUCGUGUAGUUAGUAUUUCGAGUGACGAUGAGCCACUGUCAAAAUAUAUGGCUGUAAGAAAUCAAACUCAUACACCUGUAGAUCAAGACUCAAACAAGCGAGAUAGUAAUGUGGAACAGGCCUGCGAGGUUAUUUCCUGUCAAGCAGAAGUACUUAGUAGUUGUUUUCGUUGCUCUACUCUGCUGUGCAUCGACCAUUUUCAAAGUGAAGACAUAUCCUGUAUUUCUCACAAAAAUCGAGCAAAUGAAGAUAACAUAGUUCCAGUGACUUCACUGAACGUUGAUAGGUAUGUGGAACAGUCCUGUGAGGUUACUUCCUGUCAAGCAGAAGUAUUUAGUAGCUGUUUUCGCUGCUCUAGUCUGCUGUUCUUCGACCAUUUUCAAAGUGAAGGCACACCUCGGUUGGCCGCGUGGGUCAGAGUGUCGUGCUACUGA